CCGCGCGCUCGCCGCCUUUACCUGCGGCCCGGGCUCGCAGCGCAGCAAAGUUGGCCGGCCCCAGCCCCGCUGCUGCCCCCGCUCGCCGGGCUCCGGCCGCGGCCCCAGUCUCCACCCACUGGAAAAAUUCCUGGCCCGCCCCUCCCUUCACCCUCCCUCCCGCUGUAGCCCAGGCUCGCCUCGGCUCCCACUUCCUGCCGGGCGCUGGGAAGCGGUGCGCGAGCCGGGGUCCCCGGAGGCUGUGCUCGCAGUUGGCCGCGUCCCCAGGCGCGCGGGGCGGGCGGUGGGCGGGCGCGGCGGCAGCCUCGGCCCUUCCCGGAGCGACUUUCAAACUCGCGCCCGCUUCGCCGCGGCACCUGGCAGACUCGCGCUCCGGGCGUGCGGACCGGCGGGGCGGCGACCGCGCGGUGUUUGCACUUGAGAUGGAGAAGGUCUCCCAGUCCGCAGCCCCUGAGGAAGAAGGACUUAUCCUGUGUGCAGAAAUUGAAUUCCACUUUCCCUCACUGGACCCAUGGACUUAGGAGGACUUUGGGGAAACCCUUUUCUCAUUUUCCCCCUCUACAGCAGAAUCUCCCUGAGGUGCCCCCUGUGGGCAGCAAUGCCAGGAUGCCCGUCUCUGCCUCCCCCCACAAAGAUGGCAGCCAGGAGCGGCCAGUCAGCCUGACCUCCACCACCUCCUCCUCGGGCUCCUCCUGUGACAGCCGCAACGCCAUGGAGGAGCCCAGUGUCCCAGAGGUCCCAGCCAAGAGUGGGACAGGCUCCCCAUGUGGCCGACACACUCCCAACAACAAUUCCAACAGUUGGCUGAACAUGAGGGGACCCCUAUCCCCAUUCAAUAACCGUGCUGCAGCAGGGCCUGCACACAAGCUCAGUUACCUGGGUCGGGUGGUGCGGGAGAUCGUGGAGACAGAGCGCAUGUACGUGCAGGACCUUCGAAGCAUCGUGGAGGACUACCUCUUGAAGAUCAUAGACACGCCCGGGCUUCUGAAGCCAGAACAAGUCAGCGCCCUCUUUGGGAACAUUGAAAGUAUCUAUGCACUGAACAGCCAGCUACUCAGAGACUUGGACAGCUGCAAUAGUGACCCUGUGGCUGUGGCCAGCUGCUUUGUGGAAAGGAGCCGGGAAUUCGAUAUCUACACUCAAUAUUGCAACAACUACCCUAACUCAGUGGCUGCACUGACAGAGUGCAUGCGAGACAAGCAGCAGGCCACCUUCUUCCGGGACCGCCAGGAGCUGCUGCAGCAUUCGCUGCCCUUGGGCUCCUACCUGCUCAAGCCAGUCCAGCGCAUCCUCAAGUACCACCUGCUGCUCCAGGAAAUUGCCAAGCAUUUUGACGAAGAAGAAGAUGGCUUUGAAGUGGUGGAGGAGGCCAUUGACACCAUGACCUGUGUGGCCUGGUACAUCAAUGACAUGAAGAGACGGCACGAGCACGCUGUCCGGCUGCAGGAGAUCCAGUCACUGCUGAUUAACUGGAAGGGACCAGACCUGACCAUCUAUGGCGAGCUCGUCCUGGAAAGCACCUUCCGAGUCCACCGUGUGCGCAAUGAGAGGACCUUCUUCCUCUUCGACAAAACGCUACUCAUCACCAAGAAGCGGGGCGACCACUUUGUCUACAAGGGUCACAUCCCGUGCUCCUCACUGAUGCUGAUUGAAAGCACCCGGGACUCCCUGUGCUUCACCGUCACCCACUACAAGCACAGCAAGCAACAGUACAGCAUCCAGGCCAAAACAGUGGAAGAGAAACGGACCUGGACUCACCACAUCAAGAGGCUCAUCUUGGAGAACCACCAUGCUACUAUUCCACAGAAGGCCAAGGAAGCUAUCUUGGAAAUGGAUUCCUACUAUCCCAACCGGUAUUGCUAUAGCCCAGAGCGGCUGAAAAAGGCUUGGUCCUCCCAGGAUGAGGUGUCCACCCACGUGUGCCAGGGACGGCGGCAAUCUGAGCCUGGUCAGCUCCUGCACAUCCGGGCAACACUCCCCAGCGGGCAGCGAGGCUUCAUGGUGCCAGGCCUUAAGGGCCGUAGAAAGUCGGAGCCCACCAGACACCUGCUCAGGCAGCUCAGCGAGAAAGCCCAAGCAGCAGGAAUGAAGCAUGCAGGCAGUGCCGGCACGCUCCUGGACUUUGGGCAGCACCCCCACACUCGGGGCCUACCAUCAGAGGCUGAAGGGGCUGCCCAGGAGGAGGAGGAGGUGGUCCAGGUGGUGGAGGAAGAGGAGGAGGAGGAAGAAGAACAAGCCUUUCAGGUCUCUUUGGAGGCACUGACAGGGCAUGAAGGCAGCAAGAAAGGGGCCGGGCCGGUGCCCCCAGGCUCAGAGGAGGAGGAGGAGGAGGAGGAGGAGGAGGAGGAGGAGGAGAGCCUGGCAGUGGCGGAGCAGGUAGCUGACUUUGCCAGCUCGCUGCUGGCCGCCCUCCACUGCUGGCACUAUCGGGCCAACGCUUUACUUUUCUCCCGGGGCGCUAUGGGGAAGGGGCGCAGGGAGUCUGAAGGUCCCAAGAGCUGCCGAAGACCCAGUGGCCAAUCUCCAACCAGUGCUGAGAAGCACAUGAGUUUAGAGUCUGCCUCUUCCCUGCCAGAGGUUGAGCCCGACCCUGAGCCUGAGACAGACCAGGAGGUGUUUGCUGCUGCUGAAGGUCCCAACACUGAGGAGAUGCCCUCAGACAUAGAGUCUCCAGAAGCUCUGGUGACACAGCUUGACACUCACCAGGAGCUGCUGGCGAUGGACCACCCUGGUGACAUGCUGGGCUUCGUAGUGGUUGAAAGCACUGAGGACCUCAAACCUCCCUUAAGCAGUGAAGAGGAGGAGGAAGAGGACAUGGGGGCCACCCAAGAGUCUGAGAGCCUCCUGCCGCCCUCUGUUCUGGACCAGGCCAGUGUCAUUGCUGAGCGGUUUGUCAGCAGCUUCUCCCGGCGGAGCAGCCUGGUGCUGGAGGAUGGCAGAUCCAGUGGCUUCGGAUCUCCACGGCUGAUAAGCCGGAGCAACAGUGUGCUUAGCUUGGAGGGCAGUGAGAAGGGCCUGGCUCAACGUGCUAGUGUCACCGACUCCCUUAGCUCUCUUUUCUCCUUAGAAGUGGAUGCCAGCAUGGGGGUAGCCCCAGAGAAUGACUCUUCUGUCAAUGGGACAGAGCCCAGAAGCCCAGGCUGCUCCACCGAGCCUGACAGGUCUUCCUGCAAGAAGAAGGAAUCAAUGCUCUCUACCCGAGACCGGCUGCUGCUAGACAAAAUCAAGAGUUACUAUGAGAAUGCAGAGCACCAAGAUGCGGGCUUCAGCAUCCGGCGCCGGGAGAGCCUCUCCUACAUCCCCAAAGGGCUGGUGAGAAACUCGGUGUCCAGGUUCAACAACCUCCCCAGGCAGGACCCAGAGCCUGUGGCUCCACUGGGGCACAAGAGACAGAUGGGCUCCCGGCCAGCUUCCUGGGCCCUGUUUGACCUUCCAGGACCAGGCCAGGGGGACACAGCCCCCAUCACAGAUGCUGAGUUCCGCCCAUCUUCAGAGAUCGUGAAGAUGUGGGAGGGAAUGGAGUCUUCCAGUGGGAGCCCUCAGAAGCGGCCAGGCCAAGGCCAGGCCAAUGGCUUUGACCUGCACGAGCCUCUCUUCAUCCUGGAGGAUCACGAGCUGGGGGCCAUUACCGAGGAGUCAGCCAUGGCCUCCCCAGAGAGUGCCUCCCCCACUGAGCGGCCUGGCCCCGCCCACCUGGCCCGGGAGCUGAAGGAGUUGGUGAAGGAGCUGAACAACAGCGCCCAGGGGGAAUUGGUCACCCCGCUGCACCCCUGCAUCGUGCAGCUCUCCCACGUGAUGGACAGCCACGUGAGUGAGCGAGUCAAGAACAAGGUCUACCAGCUGGCCCGCCAGUACAGCCUCCGCAUCAAGAGCAAAUCAGGGUCAGCCAGGCCACCACUGCAGUGGGAAAGAGCAGCUCCUGAGAGAGACCAGAAGAACGCUGCCAUUCCCCAUCUGCAGGAGGAGGCUGGAGAACCUUCAGGUGGCAAAGGUAAGAGAAAGCCGGUGUUGUCACUCCUCAACUAUGAGCAGCUGAUAGCCCAAGAGCACAGCCCACCCGAGCCCAGCUCUUCCAGGGACACCUCACCUCGAUGUUUCUCCUUUAGUCCCUUGACAACCAGCCCAAGGACCACCUCACCUGGGGUCCGGCCCAACACCCGAAGCCCCCGAAGCCCCAUGGACACUGAGACCUUUAACUGGCCAGAUGUCCGAGAGCUCUGCUCCAAGUACACCUCCCAGGAUGAGGCCCCUCAGCCUGAGGGCAGCCGGCCCCGUGGCCCACCCGUCAACCGGAGCCGCUCAGUGCCAGAGAACAUGGUGGAGCCUCCACUGCCAGCCAGGGCGGGCCGCUGCUGUAGCCUGAGCCCUAAGAGGGGCCUGGUGGGUCCCGAGACCGCCCCAUCAGUUGAGGGGGUGCCUCACAAUGGGCUUGAUAGAGAGGAGGCCCUGUACGUCACUGCAGACCUCACCCUGGAGAACAACCGGCGUGUCAUUAUCAUGGAGAAGGAGCCUGGCCCUGCUGUCGAACUGGAGGACGAUAGCCAGCAGGGGCCCAGCUUACCAACGGCCAAGGCAGAGCAGGACCUGGAGCUCCUGGAGUCACCUGAGCAUCGGCCAAAGGAAGAGAGUCCCAGGGACCCUGCAGACACCACCCAGCAGGGCAGAGUGAGAAACCUGAGGGAGAAAUUUCAGGCCUUAAACUCCAUAGGUUGACACUGAUGCCAUAGGCUUGGGGGACUGAAGGUGCUGUGCUAGGGGACAGAGAGAUCCUGCAGACUUGCCCACAAGCCUGAACUCAACCCGCUCAUAGGAGCCCUGCCUAAGGUCCUCAGAGGGGCCACCCCCUUUUUCCAUAGACAACUCAGUAAGGGUCUUCCUCACCUGUGACCUCCUUCACUGACUCUUCCAGGUGAUUUCCUCGAGGUGACUUUCUACAGGCCCAAAUAAGGCCCUCUUCCCUCUGCUGUGGCCAGUGUGGCCACUGUCAUAUAUAUGUAUAUAUAUAUAUAUAUAUAUAUGUUGUGUGUGUGUGUGUAUAUAUAUCUUUCCCUCGCCCCGAAAAGCCAAUUAUUUAAGCUCCUUCUCCCUAGAGGGAGCAGGCCCUGCUCAGGCCUGCAGCAUCGACUGACCAUUGCCAAACCAAGUAGCCAGCCCCACUCACCCAUCCAGGGAGACAGGGCUAGGUGGUCUGGGCAGGUGCUGCCCUUUUUGCUAUGAUUUUUUUUUUUUUUUUUAAGGAUCCAGGCAGGAUCAAAGGCCCAUAAUUUAUUGCUUUCCAUUCCGUGGUGUAUUUGUGUCUGUGUGUGCACACACCUGUGUAUUGUGUUUUCUUUUGUUGAUUCCCCUCCUGUGAAGAAUGUAACAGACUCAGUUCAGGUACUUUGUGGGUUGUCUUGCUGACCCUAUGGUUGUCGCUAAUGUAAACACAUUUCAUUAUUUGCCAAUGGUGCAAUAACCACUGCUGACCAACCCA